UCUGGACUCAAGCUGGUUUCAGGAGAUCUAAACUGCAGUGUUGCGGCCGCCUUCACACACCAGAAUGUUUACCUUCUUGUUUUUGGCUGCAUUCUGUGCCAGCUGCCUGGCUGCUCCCAGCUCAUAUUUCUACUCUCCUGCUGUUGGGCCUGGUGCUGGUAGCUCCUUCUCCACACAAGGAGAUGGAGGAAUCACAGGGCUCAGGGUCUGGGAAAGAAACAACGCUUACAUCACUGGUAUUCAGGUGAGCAAUGGCAACAUUUGGGGUCCGGUCUUUGGUCGUUCUACAGGACACAUUCUCCAUGAGAUAGAACUAUUUGAUGGAGAGACCAUUACCCAGGUUUCAGGCAAACACACAACCAGCUACAUCUAUCAAGUGAUAUUUCUGACCUCCAGAGGACGCGCUUUGAUUGCCGGCCAGCCCACAACGACCUCCUUCAACCUUUACGGCAACAAACCAGAUCAAGUGCUCAUGAUGCUGAGUGGCCGACAUAAUACCGCGGGGAUCACGUCACUGGGAGCUCACUGGGGUGUCAGCAACACCACCGACCAUUAA